CGUUCUCCUGAACAUCCUCAACAGGCAUAAUGGCGGGUGAGUCGAAGAAACCCUCACUUUUGAAGCGAAAACGUGUAUGGAGUCCAGAAGAUGUAAUUCAGCUAUCUGCAUGGCUUGAUUACUCUUUGCGCGAAGGAAUUGACUUCGAUACGACUAUCGUCAAUCAUCUCAAGAUCAAAGUUCACAAAGACUUCUCAUUGCAGCAAGCUCGGAGAAGGCUGAAAUUGGAGUGGGAGAAUCUCGGACAUGACGACUCUAAAAGUUCUGACGAUCUAUAUCGGCAGGGUACGGCAUGUCUCUUCCAUCUGACCAGUGAAGAACGUGACUUGAUCCAACAAGCGGUGGACAAUAUUGGACCUUCAUCGGUAAAAUAUCGCCUCAGAGGAACGUCAACAACGCUCAGAUCCCAGUCUCAGAGUGUGUCGAUCGCUCAUCAUCCGUCCGAAGCAUCUACCCUGUCUACAGUAUCUACUAUCGGUCCCGCUGAAUUUGAUAGUGCUGCAUCGGUGCACGGUGACGGGCAUAUCGAAAGAGAGCUCAGUGAUUAUGUCUCAUCAACCUCAACACCUCUGUUACUCCAGGUCCAACCUCAAGGGCGAGUGGCAUCACAAGAUUCACGUUUCUCUGACAUCAAAGUAGAAAGCUCUACAACAGAUAGAUCCUUCGAGGUGGACUUACCAUUAUCUGCGGCGGUGGAUACAGAUAAUCAGCUUCAAGCGCUUCAACAGGAACUUUCUAAAGUCCGAAGAACUUCUCAUACAAGUGAGGCCAGGGUCGGAUAUUUACAAAAUGAGGUCUUCAAUUUGAACGACCAACUCUGGGCGAGCCGCAAUGAAUACAAAGAACUUCGGCAUCGUACUCGCGCGGCAGCCACGAGCCGGGGCGACACCAGCCUGCUUACCAUUCUGCAGGAUGAGAAUGCCGCUUUGAAAAAGACUUUGUUACUAAUGCAAAACAGCAGGCAAGAAAUCAAAGAGCUUAAGACUUCUGGCUUGGGUCCAAGUGACACCAACAUCAGGAAAGAAUAUUUCCUUCUCUACAACGAUAUUCUGGACUCUUGCUCUUCGCUCAGUCACAAUGGAUUACUAGUUGAAAGAUUCUCGGCUACGGAAGACAGCGGUAAUGGUAGGCCGGUGAUAUCAGUAUGGGCCGACAGAGUCUCUGGAUUGGACUUAACAAGGAUGCUUCGCCAAAGUUCGGAAUUAGCGAUCCUUCGGAUUGAUGUACUCAGAUCACUCGUGGCAGCCGGCCUCUGCUCUCUUAUAUUUGAGUUGCCUCUUUCUCAGUUGGCAAGUACUGAGUCGCCGCUGCUACAGCAUUACCGAAAACAAUUGUUGAGUCGAGAUGGAGUAGAGGCAUUACAGCAACUCGAUGUUCUAGCUUACAAGUCACUGAUGUCGGAUGAAACCUUCGAGUCAUGUGUUAUCGAGGAGAAGGCAAAGUCUGUCUCGGAGUACCUAUGCCAUGCUCUACAAGAUCUCAUCGCACCUCACAUUGAGAUAGAGAUACUACCGGCUGCUUUCUUUGAGCAUGCCAUUCAAAGCGCCCUACGACUUAAGUUUCAGCUUCAUCUAUCUGGUAGAUCCUUUCUAUGGGUUUUCGCUAAACCGGGAGACAUCUUUAAUUUUCGUAUCAUGGACACAAAGUGCAAUCUCCCCGAGGGUCCCGGUUCGGCAAGGGGGAACAAAUAUUUAAAACAACAUGCCGCCGACAACUCAAACAAUCAUAAAGUGGUCAAACUUUGCAUAUUCCCUACCCUAUACUCAGAGAAAUCCUCGAAACAUGACGCAAGUGAGUACAGGCCAGUUGUCCAGACCGUUUUUAAUUCUCAGGAGCGCUUGGAGGAUCCGGACAGUUUUCAGUUGAUUUGCAAAGCUGUGGUACUGCUUUGAUGGACAUGAAAGUGUCAUUUAUGUAUGUAGAACCAUUCUCGGUUCAACUCUUUGCCGCAUAUUAUCUUUAAAAAUCAAAACUAUCCGUUCUCUACCAUUGCUUUAUCUUGGAAG